AUGGCUACAGUGCUAAUAUGCCGAAGAUUUCCAAGACUGAGCAGGGUGACUACGUUUUCGACUACAGCCAAGUGCAAGGCCACGAGCGGGAGCAGCAAAAGUGAGCAGAACAAAGAAGAGAACCCAGAAACAGCCAACACUGGGACCGAAUCUGUGGCUACAAUCCAGCUGCUGAAUCCUCUGGACUACAAAGUAUCGUACAAUCCAUCUGCCUAUGCCAAAAGCAGAGCUACCUCCCAGCAGCAUGCUGCUAGGAACAGUGUCCAGGCUCUCGGUGACACCUUCACCGGCUCUGGCACUGCACAGGCUCAGCAUAAAUUUGGGACCACCUCUUCUCAAGCUUUGCCACCCCUCAGCAGUGCCCUGCCAAAGCCCGAGUCCAAGCCAGUCCUUGAGAAGACUGUGUCAGCACACCUCUCUGCGGCACAAACCAAAGAGGAGGCAGAAGAUGAAAAAACAGAAAAGCACGACUCCAAGGAGGACCCUCGCAUGUUUCAGAAGGGGAGACCUGAGUACCGAUCCCUCAGCUACGACAAGUUUGAGCCCAUAGAGACCCUUCCUUUAGAAGAAGGCGAGUCAAUUUUACGCAGCGUGGCCACGUGCCAGGGCAGCCAGAGCCCGGGAACUCUCACGGAUUAUUUUCGCAAGCUGAGUCGUUUGCCGCUGGAAGCAGGCGCAGCGCUGGUGUCCGAACCCAGGUUUAGUACGUUGUGUCGCUGCGCUGUCAAAAACAUGGAGUCGUUCAGCACUUCGGACCUGAUGGAUGUUUUAAAGGCUUGCAUCCGUCUGGGCGUUCCACCCACCCACCCUCUGCUGAACGCCUGCGAGAACGAAUUCUGCCGGCGGGUGUGGGACAUGGACCUGGAGCAGCUGCUGCUGGUGGCCGAUUACUGGCGCUGUCUGGAGCGGAGUGUGCCUUCCUACCUCAGCAUUUUGUUCAGCUAUGCCAACAUGCACUGGAAAGACCUCACUUUGCCCCAGUUUGUCCAGCUCGUUUAUAUCAUAGGCGAAGGCCGGAGGUCACCCGCAGACUUGCUGCAGAAGAUGGAGAGCAGGAUUUUGAAGGACUUGGACUCUUUCACCUUGGAGGAGGUGGGUGCUAUCUGCUUAGGGCUCUUCAAGUCCACCAGCGGUAUCUCUGACCACGUCAUGAGAAAAAUUGCAGACAGAGUCUCCCUGCAGAUGGAAGACAUGAGCACCUACGCUUUGGUGAACGUGCUUAAAAUGCUUCGCUACAUUCGCAUGGACCACUUACCCCUCUUGAAGGAACUGGGAAAGGUCAUUCCCGCUCGGAUUCCCACGGUAAACAUCCAGGGCAUCAUGCACAUCUCUCUUACCUAUUCAUCCCUACACUACUUUGAUGAAGGCGUCAUGGCUGCUGUAGCCAUGUCUUUGCCUUCAAAGGUGACUUAUUGCCGAAGCAAAGAUGCUGCCAAGUUCUUGUGGUCGUUUGGAUGCCUGGACUACGAACCUCCGAAUGAGGAAGAGUUUUAUUCCAGCCUGAUAGAGCAAAUGCAUAGAAAACUCCAUGAAUUCAGGAAGUUUCCGGAGCAUCUCCUUACUGGUUUGCUUGGCCUGGCAUUUGUCAGACGCUUCCCAGAGGAGCUGAUAGACUAUGCUUUGAGGGAUGAGUUUGUCCAGAAAACAAGAGGUAGUAAAUAUGAGCUCAGAAAGGACCUGUUCACCCUUGGUAAGAGUGUUGAAAUUGAGUGUCCAAGCUACCAAGGCAGCCGCCUUCCCCCUCAACUCUCCCAGGAGAUUACCGAGAUGGUUUUGAACUUUGCAGAGGAAGAAAUCUAUGUCAGGCCUGAAAUUGUGGAAGCCGUGUCUCUUCUCGAGAGCAUGUUAGGUGGCCCCGGGUAUGUGAAAAGCCACAUGAUCCUGCCUCACACGAGAUCGAGUGAUCUGGAGGUCCAUUUGGCCUGGGAUGGACAUCCCAUCCCUUUCAACUUAGAAGACCCUACUGCAGAUAAGAAACUAAAAGACGUCGGAGUUAGGCUAACGGAUGACUUAAUGACUCAGCUUAUAAAAGGGACAUCUAACAGCCAGUCUCCUGUGGAAAUGCAAAAUGAAGCCAGGACUUCCGGCCGGGAGAGGAGGGAAGAAGCACCAACACCACACGCUGGGGAUCGGUCUGCACUUUCGGGUGGAGCGCUUGUCACAGGUGCCAGAUGUCUUGAGCCCCCACCUUCUCCUGCGUUGAAUCAGCGUCCUCGGGAGGUGAAACUGGCUAUUCAGGUGUCCAACCGAAACCACUACUGCUACUGCUCCAAGCGGCUCCUGGGGCUGCACUGUUUGAAACGGCGGCAGCUGCGGCAGCUGGGCUACGUGGUGGUCGAGCUUCCCUUCUGGGAAUGGUUUCCUCUGCUCAAACGCACGCGCCUGGAGAAGCUGAGCUACCUCCAUUACAAAGUGUUUGACCCGGCGCUGCUUAGCAGGGCUGGCUAG